CUUAUUGGUUGUUUUUACUCUAUCGAAGAUCUAGAAAACAUAUGUACAUAAAAAGAUCUUCUUCUUCAUUAGAGAGUCAGAAUCGGGAUGGGUAACUGUCACACACUUUUCACCCGACAACCUGAUCCUAUUUCAACGGAAGAGCGUGUGAAAGUCUUCACGGUGGCGGAGCUGAAAAAAACAACUAAGGAUUUUAGUAAGGCGAUGGUAAAAGGAGAGCGCUUUGGCAGCCAUGUCAGGGGAUACAUCAACCCCAAGACGUUAUCUCCAGCCAAGGAAGGGGUUGGCAUGGCAGUAGCGGUUAAGAGAUUUUACAUGUUCAAGGAUCUUGAUCAAGAUUUGCAAGAUUGGCUUAUUGACCUAGAGUUUCUACGACGUAACUCUCAUCCAAGCUUGGUGAAGCUCAUUGGCUAUGGUUCGGAUCGUCGUACGUUGUUCAUUAUUGCUGAAUACUUUCCAACCGGAAGCUUAGAAAAUCACAUCUAUAGAGAGACUCGUCCAAAGCCGCUGUCCUGGGAGACGCGACUUAACAUAUCCAUAGGAGUGGCUCAGUGUCUUGCUUUCUUGCACUCUUGGAAGAAAACCAGUCUUUCUCGCCGAUAUCUCACUGCUUCUAAAAUCCUGCUCGAUUUGGAGUUCAACGCAAGAGUUUCCUAUUACGGACUCAAAAACCUACCUUAUAUUGAAGAAGGGACACACGUCCCCUCGUUAGAUUACGCACCUCCCGAAUACAUAUUAUCAGGGAAGUUGGACAUAUCGGGCGAUGUGUACAGCUUUGGUGCUAUACUGCUCCAGAUGUUAACUGGUUUAAAAAUGCGGCACAUAAUUCUAAAAAUACGAGAUGACAGUGAAAGCAUUGCUGAGAUGAUCGAUCCAGAUCUAGAGAAUAGCUAUCCUCUUCAAGAGGGGAUGCGUAUGUGCGAGAUUAUCAAACAAUGCCUUGAGGAAGACGCGAAGAAUCGACCAUCCAUGCAACAGGUGCUGGAUAGUUUGAAUAGGAUAGCUCGGACUUGAGUAAGAGUUGUAAAGGCUAAAAAAUUAUUUCCACUAGCUAUAAGACAAUUAUAAUAUAGUCGAAAUACGCAUAUGCAUAUAUACAUUUGUAUUAAACAAGUGCGAAUGGAGUUAGUAUAUGUCAAUAAGUAACUUUAUUUGUUUUCAAAUCAGAUGAAAGGGUGUUUCAAAAUCUCCGGAUCUGUUAAUACGGUCAAUUAAAUCUCAAUGGAUUUGUAUUUCG